CUCAAACUAACGCAACCAAUCGGGUGGCUUUGUCCUUUAGCUCGCAGUCGUGGGAGCUCACCGGCAACUGCCAUCCAAGAUGUCGGCUACGCGUGUGUUCCCCAUGUGUGUGCGAGCGAGCCGGGGCCUCGUCAGGCUCAGGAGCGGGGCGGUGGGCACCUCCACGCCCGCCCUGGUGGACACCGUACGGGCACUCUCCACGGAAAAACCGCCGGCCGGGCAAGUGGGUGCGACGGGUGGUCUGGCCCAGGCGAUUCUCCAGGAGAGGCUCCAACAGCAGAGUCAGGGCCAGCCUCCCCCUGAGGCAGGUAAAGCUGAGGGCGAUGGAGAGCAGGCUGGGGGGGACAAGAAGCAGAAGGAGAACACAGCCUACGCCAAGAAGAUUGUGUUUAGGUUGGCUGGACUCAUGGGCCUAGGCGGGGCCGUCAGCGUCAUCUACUUAUUUGGCACCAAUUCUGUUGACGAACAAGGAAACCAGAUUCCUGACGAGUUUGACAAAGACGCACCAGUGGUCCAGCAGCUGAAAAGAACCUUCAAGUACUUCCAGGACUACAGACAGAUGAUCAUCGAGCCCACCAGCCCCAAACUGCUGCCAGACCCCCUGAAGGAGCCCUACUACCAACCUCCAUACACGCUGGUCCUGGAGCUCACCGAUGUGCUGCUGCACCCGGAGUGGUCGCUGGCCACCGGGUGGCGCUUCAAGAAACGGCCAGGCAUCGACUACAUGUUCCAACAGCUCGCCCCGCUCUACGAGAUCAUCAUCUUUACCGCCGAGACGGGCAUGACGGCGUAUCCUUUGAUCGACAGCAUCGACCCUCAAGGUUUCGUCCUGUACCGCCUCUUCAGAGACGCCACGCGCUACAUGGAGGGUCAUCAUGUGAAGGACGUGUCGUGUCUGAACCGCGACAGCAGCAAGGUGAUCGUGGUGGACUGCAAGCGGGAAGCGUUCAGCCUGCAGCCUUUUAACGGCAUGGCCUUGAAGAAAUGGGACGGCAGCUCUGACGACCGAACGCUCUACGACCUCGCCAACUUCCUGAAGGCCAUCGCUCUGAGCGGCGUGGACGACGUGCGCUCGGUGUUGGAGAACUACGCCAUGGAGGACGACCCCAUCGACGCCUUCAAGCGCAGGCAGGCUCAGCUGGCGCAGGAGGAGGAGCAGCGUCUGUCGGAGUUGUCCCGGCCGAAGAAGCAAGUUGUGUCUCUGGGCUCCAUCGCCUCGCGCUUCUGGCGCUCCAAACAGCAGUGAGCCCCGCCCCCCUCACUCACUCACGCCAGUGGCUGCCACAGCGGGGGGAGGAGCCUCGCUCACAGAUCAUGUUUGUGUUAUUUUUGUGGGCGGGGCCUCGGCACUCAAAAGACAGGAACGGCCUCCAAUGAAAUGAAAGCACUUCCUGCUUCUUGGAGGACCGAAGCAGCUGAUUGGACGAGGGAGGAAAGGGGAGGGAUAUGCAGAUCAGGGCCGCUGGAGUGCUGAACAUCACCACCUCAGCAUCAAGAACUGACCUGAGAUCUGCUGGCCAAGCCCCGCCCCCCACGCCACAAUGUGUGACGUCUGCGAGCGCACUGAUGGACUGAAGGCGGACUCAUCUUUGUACCAAUAAACACAAACAACACCAUUUGUCGUCAUGACAAAACAAAGAUGGCCCCCAUUUUUUUUAUUUCUACUUUGUAUUAUUUAUUUGUGUUUCGGGAUGUCUUCCUCUCCACAGGACCAGAACUCUCAGAGCCACUUCCUGUAAUGAGAAGGUCACAUGACGCGUCCAGUCCCCGCCUCCUUUGGACCCGACCAAGCUUGCUUGUCCACGGUCAUGUGAUGUAAGAUGUCCGCAAUAAAAGCGACCAAUCGGA